AUGAGUCAUAAAGGCCAAGUAUGGAUAAAUCUUCCACGGUUCACUGAAGAGUAUAGUAAAGGGGUCGGAAAUUUUGUAAAAAAUGCCAUGGUUAAGUAUGCAGUCGACGAUGAAUUAAAGUGUCCAUGUAGUAGAUGCAAGAGUAAGCACUGGUGGGGUCCUGAAGACGUCUAUAAUCACCUUAUCUGCAAAGGUCCUUCACUGGAGAUUGCAGAUUGGGUGUAUGAUGUCUCAAAUAUGAAUGGUGGUAGUAGUUUGGUGGAUUCUGAAGCAAAUAUGGGGUUUGACGAUGAUUUGGAAGGGAUGUUGAAUAUUACUUUUGCCAACAGGGGACCGAAUGCUGAUGCAAGGAAAUUCUAUCGCCUAGUUGAAGAUGGCAAAAAGCCCUUGUAUCCCGGUUCCAAAAAACAUUCUCGGCUAAGUUUUUUGGUUAGGAUUUACCACUGGAAAUGUCUUACUGGAGUAACAGAGUCUGGUUUUAGUGGAUUAUUAGAAAUAUUAAAAGAGGCAUUUCCUGAAAUUGAGGUACCUAGUUCUUUUUUUGCUGCUAAGAAAGUUAUUAGGGAUUUAGGUCUAGACUACGAGAAAAUACAUGCAUGUCCAAAUGACUGCAUGAUUUACUGGGGUAAAAAUAAGGAUUUAGUUUCUUGUACAAGCUGUGGUGUCUCAAGGUGGAGUGAUAAGCAAGAAGAAAAUAAAAAGAACAAAAUUCCAGCAAAAGUUAUGAGAUAUUUUCCUUUAAAACCAAGGCUGCAGCGACUGUACAUGUGUGAAGAAAUCUCAAAGCUAAUGUUGUGGCAUGCAGUAGAUCGAAAGAAAGACGGAAAAUUGCGGCAUCCGGCAGAUGGUAUAUCUUGGAAGACGAUGGAUGCUAAAUAUCCAAUGUUUUCAUCCGAAAAUCGUAAUGUCAGAUUAGGUUUAGCUUCCAACGGGUUCAAUCCCUUUCGUACAAUAAGCCUUAGUCAUAGCACGUGGCCAAUUAUCCUAGUCAACUAUAACCUGCCUCCAUGGCUCAACAUGAAACCUGAAAAUCUAAUUUUGUCCACACUUAUACCAGGUCCCAAUGAUCCCGGAAAUAAUAUUGAUGUUUAUAUGCAACCUUUGAUUGAGGAGUUGAAAGAGUUAUGGGAUGUAGGUGUAGAAACUUACGACGCUUCGAGGAAUCAGAAUUUUAUGCUAAGGGCAUCAGUUUUGUGGACGAUCAGCGAUUUUCCCGGUUAUGGCAUGUUGUCAGGUUGGAGUACUAAGGGGUACCUUGCAUGUCCUAUCUGUAGUUACGAGACAUCAUCGAUGUAUUUGAAGAAUAGCAGAAAAAUGUGCUAUAUGAAUCAUCGACGAUUCUUGGAUUCAAAUCAUAAAUGGAGGUCAGACAAAAGGCGGUUUAAUGGUCAAGUUGAGGUUGGCCAAGCCCCACCAGUUAUAUCAGGAAGCAUGAUCAAGAAGUUGUUGGCAGGUACAUUGUUAAAUAUUCCUGGUAAAACUAAAGAUCAUUUAAAUGCACGAUUAGAUUUGCAAGAACUCGGAAUUAGAAAGGUCCUUCAUCCUAUCAUCACCUCUACUGAUGGAAAGCAUCUCGAGAUCAGGGCAGCAAAUUUUGACAUGACAAACAAAGAGAAGGAUAUAUUUUGUUCAGUAUUUGAAAAUGCAAAGUUUCCGUACGGGUUUGCUUCUAAUAUUAGAAAAUGUGUCCAAGAUAGAAAGAUUGUCGGGUACAAGAGUCACGAUGCACAUAUUAUUAUGCAAUACUUAUUAGAAAUUGCUGUUAAAAAGGCACUGAAGCCCGAGGUUGCAGUUCCGUUAAUUAGACUCGGUGAAUUUCUUCGGAAAAUAUGUUCCAAGGUAAUUGAGGUGGAGGAUAUAAAGAAACUUCAGCAGGAUAUUAUUGAAAUAAUUUGUCAACUAGAAAUGAUUUUCCCUCCUGCAUUCUUUGACAUUAUGGUGCACUUACCAAUACAUCUCUGUAAUGAAAUUGAGCUUGGCGGCCCAGUUCAUCAAAGAUGGAUGUACUCAGUUGAGAGAUACCUAGGUAAAUUGAAGCGAUACGUUCGCAAUAGGAGUAAGCCAGAAGGGUCGAUGGCGGAAGGAUACCUCGCUGAUGAAUGUCUUACAUUCUGUGCAAGAUUCCUAUGUGACAGCCAAACAAAGUCAUCAAAUGAAUACAGAAGCUUAAAUUCAAAAACUGGUGGAUAUGCUAUUGGUUCAGGGAGGAAUAAAAUGGGGAAAUCUAUUCAUCUGCCUGAAGAUGUAUGGAUCAAAGCUCAUCGUUAUGUUUUAUUUAACUAUGAUGACAAGGAUGUGGAAGAGUUGAUUAAGAAACAUCAUGCAUUAUUUGACCAAAAUGUGAAGUCCAACAGAUUCAAGAGAGCAAGAACACACACUGAUGAAUUAGUUGAUUGGUUUAGGAAUGAAAUUGCGAAAAAAGAGAAUGUUUCAAGGGAAUUGUCAUCCUUAGCCAGAGGUCCUAAUCGAGCAGCGAAGCGAUAUAGUGGUUAUGUUGUGAAUGGAUAUAGGUUCCAUACGAAGAAAAGGGAUAAUAUAUGCACAACACAAAACAGCGGUGUUUACUUAACUGCCUUAACCACCAGCUUUGCUAGUUCCAAGGACCAGAACCCAACAAUUGGUGAUGUUCAUUAUUUUGGUUCCAUUGAAGAGAUAAUUGAAGUUGAUUAUUGGGGGGCUUCUAGUUUUGUUUUAUUUAGGUGUACAUGGAUGGCAUGUAAUGGUAUGAGUUUCCGGCUGCAUCACAAGGGGUAUUUCACCAAAGACAAGUAUGUUGAAGGGGAGGAAGUAAUUUACGAUGUCCAUGAUCUUGAUCUGUUUUCAUAUUCUGUACUGAUGGAGUGGGUGCUAGAGAUAGGCUAUAAAGAGAUUGGUGGGGUUUAUAUGAGAGCAGAGGAAAAAAAUAAGUGGGCAUUAUUGUGUAAUGAUGCGGAUAUAAAUGAGGUUAUUCUCACGACUGAUUCUUCUUCUUUGGACUUGUAUAUUGACUGUGAUGUUGAUAGCAGUGUCAAGCCGGUGAAGCAAAUGCAACCUCAUGUUAUUGUAAGGCCAAAAACAUGCCCUGUUAAGGCUAUGCAGAGGAUUCCUAAAACGCGUUUGUGA